CGUACAAAUUUAGAUAAAGUGCUCAUUAGAACAGAGAAUCCGACAAUUUAAAAUUAAUUUUGAAUUUAUUGUUUGCAAUCGGAAUUAGCAAUUGUGGACGAGGUAAAGGCAACUAAGCAGCCAAAGUGCAAAUGUUUGAACGAUUGCAAAAAGUGAUUUAAAGUUCUUUGUUAACAAACAAGUUUCGAAUUGUUGUCGUCAUAAGGCAGAGUUCGUUGUACAAGUUGCAAGUACAUACAUUCCGUGAAUUUCGUUUUAUUUUUACCUCUACCGCUGCUAAGACAAACUCAAUAUCAAUAAACAAACAAUCUUCAAGUUGUGCCGUGCAGGAGAAAUAACAAUUGGCCAACUAUGGACAGCCAUUUGGACUCUUCGGAUGAUAACAAACCGUUGCCAGAAUUGAGUUUUGAAGACUUUAUGGAUCCCGAACCAGAAACCUCAGGUCAACACAUGGAAAUCGAGAGUUAUACUGGUGAUACAUCCCAGGAAGAUGAUUCAGAAGGCGAUGGCGAAGGUCAGCAUGAUGCUAAUGACUCCCUCAAUACACCACAAUUUAAAAAAACCGUGGUCCAAAUAUUGGAAGACAAGCGUAUAACGGCCGGAACAGGAGCUGGCGGUGUGUUCAAAACGCAUGCCAUCAAAGUUGUCACAGCAGGAGCUAAUUCUGCGGCUAAAAGCCAAUCUUCAGAUAUCAGAAUUUUAAACAGUUCAUUAAAACCCGUGGGGCAAAGUGCUGCCAGUACUCCCUUGAAAAUUGGAAGUACCAGUAUUGCCAGUACCAGUUCUCCAAGACAACUGGGUGGAGUGACUAUGACACAGUUCAAGACGGCUGAUGGACGUGUGCUCUAUUUGAAAAAAGCUCCAGCCGCUGGAACUGGAGGAGUUGUUGCCGGUAAAGCUUCAGUUAGUCCUGUUUCCGCCAAAGUGGGAACAGCCGGAAACACACCAGGAACAAGCACGGGAACAGCUAUUCGUCGUGUGGUCAAUACAACAGGAAUACAAAAGGCUGUACUUGCCAAGGGUAUGACUGUAGCCGGCACUGGAUUGGUUAAAGCAGCUGUUCCUAGUGGCUCUUCCGCCACAGCCAUCACCAUUAAGGGUAUAACACCCCUGGCAGCAGAAACAAAUGUAACAGGAGCGCCAUCACCCCCGGCUUCAUCAGGCACCAAAAUUCAGGUGGUUCGCACGGCAGAUGGAAAACUUAUCAAAUUGGGCCAAAAUAACAACUCACCCGUAGUACUCAAUACCAAGGCUCCAAUAUCAGGCGCUUCCGCAACUUCCACACCAUCCAGUAAUAUGAUUAUUAACAAAUCAGCCAGUGGACAGGUGGUCAUAAAGCCGAGUCCAACCUCUUCGUCAGCAGCUGCUAGCAAUGUACCCGGAAAAAUGGUUGUACAAUCCGGAGGCGGCACACAAAUUAUGGUAUCCACCAAGAAUAUCAUUAAACUAUCACCUAAACCGGGAGCUACAAGUACUGUGACUCAAACACAAGUACAGAAUACUCCAUCAUCAUCAUCCACCACAACACCGACGAGUGGAAUGCGUACAAUACAAUUAAGUGGCAAAUCGGGAGUUCAAUUUGUUCGCGUCAUGACCAACAAUAAAAGCCUGACUACAGCCAAAUCGGCGGCAGCAUCCACUCCAUCUCAGAAGCAGGUCCCUCAGUCAUCGUCUGCUUCGCCAGCCGUUACUUCUUCUACGCCUGUGGGCAAUACCAAUAAGAUUGUGAUGCGUACUAUGGGUGGAAGCAUUGUGCCGCUGCCCUCUAUGAAAACUCUAGUACCCAAGCGUGCGCUGGGCGCCAAUUCCAUAACUGCGGCCACACCCAAUAAUCAAGAGUCUCUGCGAAAACAUCGACUCAACGAUCUCAAUGUGCAGCUUAAAAAUCUGGGAAAUGUCGAAGCUAGUGAUAGCAGCGAUGCUGGACCAGAUACCAAGAAGCCACGUUUCUCACAGCCAUCGCCCAUACAGCGCGUUUUGGUCAAGGAGGGCGGACCAAACACAUCUUCCUCCUCCGCCGCUACACAACCCAAGAAAAUUUACAAUCUAGUAAAAUCCGCUGGACCCAACGGGUCGGUAAAAUAUGUGAUUUGCAAUUCGAAUGUGGCACGUUCCAGCAUGAGUCCCAUGAGGCGGGGCUACACUGGCUAUGUACGGACCGAUGGCAAAUUAUGCCGCACCCUGGUCAACAGCGGUAGCGGCACCACUGGCGUCACCAACCUAAAACAAUUGGGAAAUAAUCUACCAAAUGCCAAAGCUUUGCAGGCUCAAGCUCAGAUCAGGCAACGCGCUCGCCAACAACAUCUUCAACAGCUUCAAAAGGCCAAGCCCCAAUUGAAGGGUAGUCAGUUGAAUCAAUCAGCCAAUGUGAAGCCAGUCCCGGCACCGGCCAACAAACCAAAUUUCGAGAUCCUCAAGCCACCAUCAUCAGCUGCCUCCACUCCGGCCGUGGAUGCCCAACUCAAUCUUGCUUCACGUCGCAAGCAUUGCAAUUGCAGUAAAUCUCAGUGUUUGAAACUCUAUUGCGAUUGCUUUGCCAAUGGUGAAUUCUGCAAGGAUUGCACCUGCAAGGAUUGCUUUAACAAUCUGGACAAUGAGGUCGAACGAGAGAAAGCCAUACGCAGCUGUUUGGAUCGUAAUCCAAGUGCCUUCAAGCCAAAAAUCACGGCUCCCGCUUCGGGUGACAUGCGUUUGCAUAAUAAAGGUUGCAAUUGCAAGAGAUCUGGUUGCUUGAAGAACUAUUGCGAGUGCUACGAGGCCAAAAUACCUUGCUCCAGCAUGUGCAAAUGCGUGGGUUGCCGUAAUAUGGAAGAUCGUCCUGAUGUUGAUAUGGAUUCACUGGAUAGUCUAUUGGGUGUACGUAAACCGAAUAAACCAAAAGAUGAGACUGCCACCAAAAAGCAUGAUAUACGUUCCAAUCUAUAUCUAACCGAUGAUGUCAUCGAGGCGACCAUUAUGUGCAUGAUAUCAAGAAUUCUAAUGCAUGAGAAACAAAAUAUGCCCAUUGAGGCAACUGAACGUGAAGUAAUGGAGGAAUUGGGUGAAAGUUUAAAUCAAAUAAUUACCUUUGCCAAGGAGAAGAAUGAAAACAAUACGACCACAACUUCUCGGCUAGAUGAUACAACAAAAACAACGAAAACUGAUGCCUAAGACCAACAAUUAUUCUAGACAUAUGCACCCCAAGAAAAAUUCUAAACAGACUUCAUUUUAUAUAGUUUAUUAAAAAAAACAAAAAAAGUUCUUGACAUAAACAAAAAAACAAAACACAUAAAUUUAUGUGGACUUUCUAAAAGUUGACCUUAAAGUAAAGUUAUAAAAGUGCAAAUAAUUUUCAUUUUAAAGAAGAACAAAACCAACUUAACGCAAUGAUUGAUGAAUAAUAUAUAUUUAUAUACACACAGAUUGUAUAUAACGACAUUAAAUUUAUAAUUAAUAUCUAUAUAGCAAAAAAUAUUGAAUUAAGACAAUUUUUGAUAAAAACAAGAAAGAAAAACAUUUUGAAAUAAAAUUGAAACAGAAAAAUUUUAGCAAGAAAUGUGUUAAGAAAUUUCAAUAUAAAACUCUCAGCUCUAUGUACUGUAUGUAUAUAAUAUUAUAACAAAUAAAUAAAACUAAAA